GACACAGCGCUUCGCCUGGACUGGUAAACAAACCGCCGCGCAGGCGCAAUGGCAACAGGACGGUAACCUGGGUAGCCGCAAAUGGGCUUUUUCGUAGAGUGAAAAGCGGAAAAGCCAAACAAAACGCUGGUUCCAAGGUGAUAAACUGGCUGACUUCCUCUAUUUUUACUUUUUAAAAAAAUUUUGUUUCUGAAGAAGUAGUUGUGCGGCCUUCUGGGCCUCGCAGAGAUCUUCUUCGUGGAAUUCCUCGGCCCCAGAGAUAUGCCGCUAGCCUGUCGGCUAGUUAUAUUAGCCUAAUUUUUUGUCUUGACCUUUUUCAUUUGACUGCAGCACUAAUCCUAAUCCACUGGGGCAGCCAAAAAAAAAAAAAAAAAAAAAAAAAAAAAAAAAAAAAAGGGCGGGUGAGAUCUCAACGCCGCGGAAAACCUUCAUACUAGCCGGCCAUCACCAAACCACGCGAGAUCUGCCUGAGGAGAAGCGCCACCCCGGGAGUGCACGUUUGCGCAUGCGUCUGGCUCAUCAUUUUCAGCGCGCAAAAGUUUCAAAACUUUCCGCCUAGUGAGAGGCGGUCCGAUUUGGCCCUUGGGGAGUGUCCGUCGCGUUGAUCUGAUGGAUUCACGUACACAACACCACAUUCUAUGAGAUUUUGCAGGCAAAAGUCCACAAGCUCGUAUGGUCAUCCCUUCUUUCCGUUUUUAUAUUGGCCGUGAACUCUGUGAGGGGAGGUUUCAGCGACUGAAGUAGUAAAGGAGUGGGAGCGGGAGAGCCGAUUAAUGAGGUUGUAGAAUAAGAGAGAAAUCUGAAGGGACAAAGGAGUUUUAUUUAUUUUUUGGCUGGUGACCAAGAGGAUGUGAGUGUGAGCUAAGGUAAUACAGUGGGAAGGAGAAGAUGGGAAGAUUUGAGAGAUAAAUGAAGGCAGUAGCUCUGUAGCCUACUUGGGAGGCCAGACUAGAAAGAAGUUGACAGUAGAGGACAUUUUUCUUAAAAGAGUGUGAACUUAUGCAUGUUUGUAAACAGGCAGAAAUGGCAUGCAUUUAGUACAUGGUGUAUAUAAGGUGGAAAUCGGGACGCCCCUAAUGGAAUGGAAUGAGGAAGAUUCUAAAAGCCACAGUCCUGAACACAGGCCGAGGUGGAAUUGGGAAGAACAGUCGCGGUAACAGAAGUCAGGAAUUUGGGAACUGUCUCGAGGGAUCUGACCAAUCUGACCUCUUUUUGCCUCUCAGGAUAUAUGGGACACCUGCACCGGCAUUGGAUUUGGCCCCGCAACAUCUUAAAGGAAGCAGGCUGUGAGCCAAGGGGAAGGCAGAGGACAGAAAUGAAUGUGUUUCCAGGCUUUCCUGGUGGUUUAUGGCAUUCUCCAAACUCCUAUGCAAGGGCUAUUCCUGACCAAGAAGAUCUAAAGAGAACGUCUCUGAAAUCAAGUCCGGAUGAAGAAUUAAGAGAAAAAAAGUGAAUAUGGUUUUUGCUCACAGAAUGGAUAACAGCAAGCCACAUUUGAUUAUUCCUACACUUCUGGUGCCCCUCCAAAACCGCAGCUGCACUGAAACAGCCACACCUCUGCCAAGCCAAUACCUGAUGGAAUUAAGUGAGGAGCACAGUUGGAUGAGCAACCAAACAGACCUUCACUAUGUGCUGAAACCCGGGGAAGUGGCCACAGCCAGCAUCUUCUUUGGGAUUCUGUGGUUGUUUUCUAUCUUCGGCAAUUCCCUGGUUUGUUUGGUCAUCCAUAGGAGUAGGAGGACUCAGUCUACCACCAACUACUUUGUGGUCUCCAUGGCGUGUGCUGACCUUCUCAUCAGCAUUGCCAGCACGCCUUUCGCCCUGCUGCAGUUCACCACUGGAAGGUGGGCGCUUGGUAGUGCCAUGUGCAAGGUUGUGCGAUAUUUUCAGUAUCUCACUCCAGGUGUCCAGAUGUACGUUCUCCUCUCCAUCUGCAUAGACCGGUUCUACACAAUCGUCUAUCCUCUGAGCUUCAAGGUGUCCAGAGAAAAAGCCAAGAAAAUGAUUGCGGCAUCGUGGAUCUUUGAUGCAGCCUUUGUGACCCCUGUGCUCUUUUUCUAUGGCUCCAACUGGGAUGGUCAUUGUAACUAUUUCCUCCCUUCCUCUUGGGAAGGCACUGCCUACACUGUCAUCCACUUCUUGGUGGGCUUUGUGAUUCCAUCUGUCCUCAUAAUUUUAUUUUACCAAAAGGUCAUAAAAUAUAUUUGGAGAAUAGGCACAGAUGGCCGAACAGUGAGGAGGACCAUGAACAUUGUCCCUCGGACAAAAGUGAAAACUAUCAAGAUGUUCCUCAUUUUAAAUCUGUUGUUUUUGCUCUCCUGGCUGCCUUUUCAUGUAGCUCAGCUAUGGCACCCCCAUGAACAAGACUAUAAGAAAAGUUCCCUUGUUUUCACAGCUAUCACAUGGAUAUCCUUUAGUUCUUCAGCCUCUAAACCUACUCUGUAUUCAAUUUAUAAUGCCAAUUUUCGGAGAGGGAUGAAAGAGACUUUUUGCAUGUCCUCUAUGAAAUGUUACCGAAGCAAUGCCUAUACUAUCACAACCAGUUCAAGGAUGGCCAAAAAAAACUACGUUGGCAUUUCAGAAAUCCCUUCCAUGGCCAAAACUAUUACCAAAGACUCGAUCUAUGACUCAUUUGACAGAGAAGCCAAGGAAAAAAAGCUUGCUUGGCCCAUUAACUCAAAUCCACCAAAUACUUUUGUCUAAGUUCUCAUUCUUUCAAUUGUUAUGCACCAGAGAUUAAAAAGCUUUAACUAUAAAAACAGAA